AUGACACAAACAUCCAUGGUGUACACUUAUAAUAUACCCCAAUCUUAUGGAUUCUGGACAAGGCAAAACAUCAGACAAAAAGAAAUAACUAAAUCCCAGUCAACAUCAGAAACAGAAAGUCAACUACAAAAGAAAAGCCAAGAUAAAACCAAAGAUCGGCACCCACUAUCAGCGCACCAAAGGUUUCCUCCCUUGCAGACUAUGAGAGUAGUCUAUUGCAGUACUGUAGUGCCCUCUGACGACGUUACAGUGGUUUACCAAAACGGGUUACCGGUGAUAUCUUUGAGUCUUCCUUCUCGUCGUGAACGCUGCCAGUUUACACUUAAGCCUCUCUCAGAUUCCGUCGGAGUAUUCUUACAGCAACUCCAGGCAGAGGACCGGGGAAUCGAUCGAGUUGCAGUUUAUUCACCAGAUGGGACACGAGUAGCAGCUUCCACAAGCAUAGAUCUCCUACUCCUUGAUGAUUUCAAACUAGUAAUUAAUGACUUGAGUUACCAUGUUCGUCCACCAAAGAGAGAUCUCUUAAGCCAUGAAGAUGCCACCACGUUGAAUGAUGUGAAGACCCUGGUUCAGCAGUUAUAUACCACACUAUGUAUUGAAGAACACCAGCUGAAUAAAGAGAAGGAAUUGAUUGGGAGGUUAGAAGACCUCAAGCAGCAAUUGGCACCCCUGGAGAAAGUUAGGAUGGAAAUCUGCAGAAAAGCAGAGAAGAGGACCACCUGGCUACUCUGGGGCGGGCUGGCUUACAUGGCAACCCAAUUUGGAAUUUUGGCUCGGCUCACCUGGUGGGAAUAUUCUUGGGACAUUAUGGAGCCAGUCACAUACUUCAUCACAUAUGGCAGCGCCAUGGCAAUGUAUGCAUACUUCGUAGUAACACGUCAGGAAUAUGUAUAUCCAGAUGCUAGAGACAGGCAGUACUUAUUAUUUUUCCAUAAAGGAGCCAAAAAGACAUGUUUUGAUCUAGAAAAAUACAAUCAACUCAAGAAUGCUAUUGCUCAGGCAGAAUUGGACCUUAAGAGGCUUCGAGAUCCCUUGCAGGUGCAUCUACCCGUUCAACAAAUCAGCGAUAAAGACUGAUCAUCAGGGGACCUCUGUAUCUUGGCAGAAGUGGCAGAUCUGUUCUAGUUCUUGCCUCUUUAAUUAGAAAGCAUUUCAGGUGGAAGAUGGGAGGUCUUCUUGGGGUGGAGGGUUUUUUAAUCAUUAAAACAAAGACCUUGACUAGGGAGGGGGUAAUGUGUUCAAUCAAAAAAAUAAAAAUAAAAAUCAGGCACUGUGGAAUGUUAAGUCUUUCCAAAGGGCUUAAAGAUUGUCUCAUUCAAAUGUUCUUUCUUUUGGAUGAAAACAUAUAUAAUGAAGGUGGGCAUUUCAUGAAGAAAUUGUAUUGGGGGCAUAUUUUUCCAGCUUUGCAGUGUCUGCCUCUUGAUGAAGCACCAGCAGCCUGCUCAGCAUUUUUUUUUAACUCUUUCAAACUACCAACAAUAAUACUGCACUAAACAAGAGAAGGAAACAAUCAAGCCAUUUUAAGACACCAUGAUUGGUGAUCCAAAUUGAAGUAAUGUCUCCAUUAACAUGCAACCCAAGAUUAUCCCUUGUGUGUCUUUUUUUUUUUGUGGUAAUAUUAAUGCAAAAUUACUUUUUACUUCUUACUCAAAAAAACCAAAUCAUGACCUUUUCCUCCCUAUCCGUUUCCUAUCAAGCAAACUUUAUCCUUUACUGAAGGAUUAUUGAUGUUAUCAGUUUUAUCCGUAUCACAAACUGAAUAAUUCAUGUUGUGAACAUUUGAUAAUUAACAUGGGAUUAUUCCUGAGUAUCUUCUUCAACUUCACUGCCCUGAUCAACUUUUAUGCAUAAAUGGUGAUGUUGCAUGAGAAAACUCUUCAUAUACAGUCUUAAGGGAGGAAUGUUCCUUCCCCCUACUCUUUCUCCCCCCAAAUAUGGUAGCCAUCUGGGUUAAAGCAGAUCAAAGAGUUUGAGCAUAAUGCAUAUAUGUAUGUGAUACUUGGCUUGAGAUCAUGAUGCUUUAUGAAAUCCCUUAAAACGGGGAUGAUUAAAUACUACGUUUGCCUAGCAGAAUAACCAUGUCUUGAUAAGCAAAGGCUACAGUUGCACUUUGAUUCACCAUCCCCCUCUUCUUUAAGUAGCUGUAAAAGAAUGGUCUGAUGCUGAAGGGUCAGGGUUUCUGCACAGGAGCAGAUGCAAUCCCUCCCCCCUUAAAGGCAUGGGAGAAAGGCAUUUGUCCUCCACCACCUUCUGCAAGCUUGAUGAUCUUUUCCUGUGCUAAAUGGAAUCUGUGGCCUCCUCUGUCAUCCUGUUCCUGGGAAGACAGGAUAGAUAUUGGAGAAGGUCUCUAAGCUCAGUUUUCAGGAAGACUUGGAAUUUCCUUUCAGUUCACUACUUUUCACUGUGUCAAGGCAAGAGGCUCCCGCUUUCUGGGGAUCCAUGUUUUAAAGUGUAAAAUAAAUAUAAAUCAGACGCCAGGUGCCUUGCAGAUGAGAUUGUUGCUGCCUCCUCGCCCUCGAUGGCAUGUUGAGCUGAAUGGAUGCAUGUUCCAAGAUGUUUUCUCUCCCUACUUUCUUCCUGUCUUUCUCCUUUUAGUUUUUUUUUUUUU